AAGUAGUACGUUCCACGCUCCAUCCGACUCGUCAACUCUUCGACUCUCCGACUCUCCGACUCUCCAACUCUCCGACCUCCGACCUCCGACCUCCGACCUCCGACCGCCUCGUCAAAUUCCCCUAGCUUUCCGAUGUUACUUUUUGGGUUAUGAGGAGCUUGGCUUGGAGCUGUAGACAAAUUGGCCUCGGCUUCGUUGCUCCAUUGUAGUGCUUCAGAAGAGGAACAUGUCCUUUUCGAGUAACACAUCAGUAGCCUCCCCAGGUUUUCUGUCACCUUACUUCUCCAUCCUUCGUACAAACGACCACGUGCUCGCUCAUUAUACGCCCUGUCGACAAGAAGGCCCAUAGAUUCGUCGUAUUCAAGCGGCGCUGUUGCAUCUCCGGUCGCCACUGUCGCGUUCUAUGUUCGCGAAGCUCAAAGGCUUAGGGAUGCUGAGAUAACACUCCUUUGCGAUCGAAUCUAUAGCUUGAGGAUCGCCUCUGUUGCGGUCGCGCAUUCACCAAUUUGACAGAGGCGCAUCGCGAAGCACCGACCAGAGGGGACUGGCUUCAACCUCUUUGCGGCGACAGGUGCGGAAUCCUCUUUGUCUGUCUGCACCUCGCAGUCCGGAUCGCCGAAAUGGUUUACGACGCAGCGGUAGAUGCAGCCUUUCGGGGUAGCUGUUAUAUUCCCUUCCUCCAAGAGGAGCUAUACGUCAAUAUUACAAAUGGCUAUCUCCCUGGCCGAAUAUGUACAGAGGUCGCGCCAAACAUUACAUGUUGCUUGCCAUGCCCCUUGACGGACUGGUUAUACUCCGAUUCCUUCUAUACAGUAACAAAUGCGAGUAGUUGGCUAAAUGUGGUGGGACUAGUGUGCACAGUGUUCCUGCUCGUUUCGUUUGCGAUUCUGCCUGUUGAGAAGACGCAUCGGCACUAUCUGAGUAUAUGUCUUGUCAUUGCUAUUCUGAUCAUGCAGUUGGGAUUUGUUAUUCCCCUAGGAGCGAAACCUGCGCAAUGCGCCAACAGCAUUACGCCCCAUGGUAUGGAGAGUAGCAUAACAUGCGCACUAUCUGGUGCAUUUCUUUUGGCCGGUGGUUGGUGCGGCAUCAUGUGGGUGUUUAUGCGUGCCCUUGCGCUGCACUUGCAAAUAUGUUGGCAAGUUGUUAUUGGAAGAGCCUUUAUGUGGGGUGCUUUAGCUGGAGGCUGGGGUGUUCCUGCUAUUGCUCUUACUAUUGCUAUGGUAUUCAGCGGAGUUUCUUUUCGCUUUGGAGAAACAUGCUAUAUUAACUAUAGGAACAGCCUUGCGGAUUUUUGGAUUCCGCUUCUGACAUUUAGUGGCUUAACUGUCAUCAUCCAGUUUACUACGUUUGGAUACUGCAUAAAGGUCUAUUGGGUCUCUCUUUCUGAUAGCUGCAAUACCACCAACAGCUCUGCGCUUCCGUCGUAUUUGAAUGAUGUCGUUUCCCUCACUCCACGACAAGCCUACCGCCGAAUUCAACGAAUUGUGGAACUUCAAUGGAGGGGCAUCGCAGUUGUCAUCAUCAUCAUAGUUGAUGUCAUGUUCUUUGCGGUUGUCUCGACAAUGCACAAUAACCAAAUUAAGGCAGCAGAUGUCUCGAUGGUCACUGGUGAACCUGCUAAACUAGGAGAGCCACUAGACCCAUCCGUGGAUUGGCUUUUGUGCUUGGUGACUAACAAGGGCGACAAAGACCCUUGCUUAGAUAAAUCCGCCAAGCUGAUUAUGAAUCAGGCCAUAAUUACCGCUGUACUUGUUCUUCUCUCUUGCAACGGCAUUUGGUUAUUGCUUCUCAUGUCUCGCGUCUCCAUGUUCACGGGCUGGUACUACUUGGCUAAGCCAGAAGCCAAACCUAGUGUCGAGUUUAUAAGUGCAGAUUCUGCCAGAGCUUACAGUAAGGAUCCUAGAACUUACGAGAUGCUUGCCUCAAAUGGCCGAGAUGUGGACAACCCGUUGAGACCCGAUCUUUCUGUAACAACCUUAACUCCAGCCGUCAUUUCUCUAACAGGGAGAUCCGGGAGGCAAAUGCCUGAUUAUUUCAGCUGCGAAGCCAAAUAUCAAAGUCCCACGCAUUCAUUUUCGUCACUGAGACCACCACCGGGCGGCAGAGAUUGGAAUGCUGCUGCAACACACGCACCGUCAGCGCACCGGGGCCACGUCGAUCGGUUGAGCAUUAACAAAUGUUAGGGUUCCAAUAACAACACUGCCUUGUCUAUAAUUCACAAAUGAUCAUAAUGCUGGGAUAGCACAACAGGUAGCCUUGUCCAAUUGAUUCCAGCCUCACCACAUGUUUCUCACAUAGAGUAUUUCCAGCUAUCGACUUGCGCAAUACCAUCACUCGCUCAGCACAUCUUCUUCUCUAAGUCUUCCACAAUAUCACAGGACCAUUUCAACUCCCUCAUCAGACCUCACCGACUUCCUCAACAAGCUGUAGCAGAUAACGGAUCAUCCUUCGCCAUGUUAUAUUUCUGUGGUAGUAGUGGUUUACUUACGCGUGGUGGUGGCACUUUGCGGAAGAAAAUUGAGGUGUAUGGUCAACAGCUGGUAUCACCGGGAUGGUGACCAGCAAAUUGCUGCUCUUUCCAAAAUCGUAAGCCAUUUAUCUCUGCCGGCUUAUUACCACUGUGAACACUCGCGAUCAGGAUUCGCGGCCCGCCAACUCAGUGACUGGCCGCGAAUUCUGAUUAACACAGGCCCCUCAGUUCAAGGAGGGGCCGCGAAUCCAUGGAUCCACCCAAUAUAUGUAGUUCUGGCAGCGGAUUGCGUACAACUGGGUGAACUCAUGGUUGAUGGUUUUCCAACAUAGUUUAUACAAUCGUCCUAGGUGUCGGUGCAGGAGUCGCGGGACCUCAGUCAAGUGCUUGCUUACUUGUUUAUUGAGCAGUGCAGCCUUUCCAGCUGUUAAAAUACUCAUUGAUAUAGGUUCUCCCCCUGCUGCCUUGCUUCUGGUCCUCACGUGAGCAUACAAAAGCCUG